UCCUUUUGUUCAUUAAAUAAAUAUAAAUAAGAAAAUAUAGAACUUGAAAAAUGUUGUUUUAAUGUGACUGAGCAGUUAAGUCUGGACUCAGUUAUAUAUCAUAUAUACAUCAUAAGCAAAUAACUACCAUAGAAUUGAUGUGGUAUGUCGAUAUUGAUAAUUUCAUGUUUGGUAUUUUUUUAAAUUAUCAAGGUGGAGGAAUUUGUCCGAACAGCACCACAUAUUGCAGUUACGGUUGUUGUGGUAACAAUGAAAAUCAUCACUGUUGCUAUCCUAUUGGCGUUUUUAUUGGCUGUGGCUUCGGUGUACUGGGAGCUAUAUGUUUGCUGAUAUCUAUACUCAAAUGUCGUCUGGGAAGUCAACGGAACCAGCUGCAAAGACAGCAGUGUACAGAGCCAGAUCCAACUUUUGGUCCUGAAUUUGGUCGCGAGAACCAGGCGUAUUAUUCGGAAGGGUCAACAAUUCCAAGCGUUACUGGAAGUUUGAGAUGUCUAAAGUACUCCAGUUAUUUACCACCACCUUCAUACGAGGCGGCAACGGCUGGAACGAAUACAAGAGUUACUGAAAAUGCCAUCACAUAAAAAUAUAAUGCACUCAUUAAAGAUGCGUUUUCCAAUUUGAUUCAGAACAGACUCAUGAAUUUCAAACCCUACCCUCAAAACGUCUGACUAUACCUACAAUGUAUUGCCUUCUUGACUCAAAGUUAACACUCCAGUUUAUGCAGAUAUCAAUUUGUGGUUGCUUACGAACGUUUCUGUAAAAACAAAUACAAUGUAUACAAAAUGUACUCAUGGUUUAGAUCCUGAUUUGAACUGUAUGAUAUAUUCCUCUUAUUAAUAGACACUGUCGCGUUAUUACACCCAUGAAUGGUGGAUAGCAAUGCUCUUACU